GCUCCGGGGCCGCAGCUGCUCGGCUGCUGGACUCGCUGCGGCCCAGCGCCUCCGCCAGCCCGGCCGCGCCCCCGGGGGCCAUGGUCGCGGGGCCCUGCGCGGGGGCGGCCCCCAGCGCGGCGCUUCAUGGAGCGGCCCCGGCCCGGCCGCCGGGGGCAGCGCGAUCCCGCGGGGCCCUGUAAGCCCCCAGCGCCACGGCACCAUGUUGCUGGUUGAGAAGACCACCGACUCACCGGCGGCCGAGUUCUCGCUGGUGGAGGACGUGGCGCUGCACUUCGCCUGCUUGAUGGGCCGUCUGAACGAGCAGCGCCUCUUCCAGCCUGACCUCUGCGACGUGGACCUGGUGCUGGUGCCCCAGCGCAGCGUCUUCCCGGCUCACAAGGGCGUGCUGGCCGCCUACAGCCAGUUCUUUCACUCGCUCUUCACCCAGAACAAGCAGCUGCAGCGCGUGGAGCUGUCCCUGGAGGCGCUGGCACCCGGCGGCCUGCAGCAGAUCCUUAACUUCAUCUACACGUCCAAGCUGCUGGUCAACGCGGCCAACGUCCACGAGGUGCUCAGUGCCGCCUCGCUGCUACAGAUGGCUGACAUCGCCGCGUCCUGCCAGGAGCUGCUGGACGCCCGCUCCCUCGGCCCCCCGGGCCCCGCUGGCGCUGUGGCCCUGGCCCAGCCGGCUGCCAGCUGCACACCACCGGCUGCACCCCCCUACUACUGCGACAUCAAGCAGGAGGCCGACGCCCCAGGCCUGCCCAAGAUCUACGCCCGCGAGGGCCCUGACCCCUACUCCGUGCGUGUUGAGGACGGGGCAGGGACCACAGGUGGCACGGCACCUGCCGCCCUUGGGCCGGCUCAGCCCUUCUUCAAGGAGGAGAAGGAGGGUGUCGUCGAGGAGGCAGGCGGGCACCCGGCUGGCCUGUGCAAGCUAGAGGGUGGGGAGGACUUGGAGGAGGAGCUUGGGGGUUCUGGCACCUACAGCCGCCGGGAGCAGUCCCAGAUCAUCGUGGAGGUGAACCUCAACAACCAGACACUGCACGUGUCCACGGGGCCCGAGGGGAAGCCGGGUGCUGCCGCGGGCCCGGCCACCAUGGUGCUGGGCCGGGAAGACGGGCUGCAAAGGCACACGGAGGACGAGGAGGAGGAGGAGGAGGAGGAAGAAGAGGAAGGGGAGGAGGAGGAGGGUGGUGGCAGUGGAGGGGAGGAGGAGGAGGAGGAGGAGGGUGGCAGUGGAGGGGAGGAGGAGGAGGAGGAGGAGGAAGGGCACAGCGAGCAGGAGGAGGAGGAGGAGGAAGAAGAGGAAGGACACAGCGAGCAGGAUCAAGAGAGCUCAGAGGAGGAGGAGGAGGAAGAGGAGGAGGAGGGGGAGGCAGGGGGCAGGCAGGGGCCAGCAGGACGUCGGGGCAGCCGGGCCGAGCCCCCUCCCCACAGCCGCAUGGCCACGCGGUCCCGGCGCCGGGCCCUCCCCGAGCCUGAGGAGACCGGACAGCGCGGUGGGAAGCGGUCAAAGCCGCCCCCAGGAGUGGCCCCGGCCUCAGCACCGGCCCGAGGCCCACAGGCCACUGACGGGUUGGGGGCCAAGGUGAAGCUGGAGGAGAAGCAGCACCACCCGUGCCAGAAGUGCCCGCGCGUGUUCAACAACCGCUGGUACCUGGAGAAACACAUGAAUGUGACCCACAGCCGCAUGCAGAUCUGUGACCAGUGUGGCAAGCGCUUCCUGCUGGAGAGUGAGCUGCUGUUGCACCGGCAGACAGACUGUGAACGCAACAUCCAGUGUGUGACAUGCGGCAAAGCUUUUAAGAAGCUCUGGUCCCUCCACGAGCAUAACAAGAUUGUGCACGGCUACGCAGAGAAGAAGUUCUCGUGUGAGAUCUGCGAGAAGAAGUUCUACACCAUGGCCCACGUGCGCAAGCACAUGGUUGCCCACACCAAGGACAUGCCCUUCACCUGCGAGACCUGCGGGAAGUCCUUCAAACGCAGCAUGUCUCUCAAGGUGCACUCGCUGCAGCACUCCGGGGAGAAGCCGUUCCGAUGCGAGAACUGCAACGAGCGCUUCCAGUACAAGUACCAACUGCGGUCACACAUGAGCAUCCACAUUGGCCAUAAGCAGUUCAUGUGCCAGUGGUGUGGCAAGGACUUCAACAUGAAGCAGUACUUUGAUGAGCACAUGAAGACCCACACAGGGGAGAAGCCGUACAUCUGUGAGAUCUGCGGGAAGAGCUUCACCAGCCGGCCCAACAUGAAGCGGCACCGGCGCACGCACACGGGCGAGAAGCCGUACCCCUGUGACGUCUGCGGCCAGCGCUUCCGCUUCUCCAACAUGCUCAAAGCCCACAAGGAGAAAUGCUUCCGCGUCAGCCACCCUCUGGCCGGCGACGGCGCUCCCUCCGCCCCAGGCCUGCCCCCUGCCCAGCCUCAGGCGCCCGCACUGCCACUGCUGGCGGGGCUGCCCCAGACCAUGCCGCCCCCGCCCCACCUGCCGCCCCCGCCCCCGCUCUUCCCCACCACUGCCAACAGCGGCGGGAGGAUGACCGCCAACAACUAACCCCCAACUGCACACGCAGGACCUGGAGCCCAGGGGCCACCCAGGAGCGAUCCCACUGCCCUCCCCUCCUUGUGAGAGGGCAGCAACACUGGCCUGGCACCGCUGCCCCCGCAUCCAGAGAUGUCUGGACACGCUCUGCUUCAGACCCCUGCCCCUGGUGGGGGUGCAGGCUGGCUGCGCCCCCGAGCUGGUGGAGGACACCUCACUCCCAAGUGCCCCCCUUUCAGUGACUCCUUGAAGCCUUUACUUUUUUUUUUUUUUUUUGGAAGUGAAGGAAAAAAGAAAGAGGAAACUAUUGGCAGCACCCUCCUCCAGGUGAGGAGGGUGCUGGAGGCAGCAGGUACAGUGGAAGAAGGGCCUGCAUAGCAGGUGUGACUGGUCACUCUGCUGAGGCUUGAGCAGGAGGGGUUGUCCAGGCCGAGCCUGGGUCAGUUCAGCGGCUCAUCUGCACCUCCCCUGUGCUCCCUAACUUGCCCCCUCAUCCUGGAAGGUGUGGGGAGAAGUUGAGAUGCCAGCCCCCUUUGGAGGAGCUGUGGACCCAGUCCGAGGGCUGUGGACACCGAGGCAGGGGCUUGAGACCAGAUGCCCAUGAGCGUGUAGGACGGGGAGUGGCAAGGUGUGAAGACUGCGGACCCAGCUCUGCACCGUGUGGAGUGGGGCAGGCAGGGGCUGGACCCCAGGCAUUUGCUUUCCCCACCCAUAGCCCUGCCAACAUUCACAGAGAUCCCCAACCCACACCAGGCUGCACUGAGGUCCCCGGGCCUCGUGCUGUGGGCAGGCCCCGGGUGGGCAGACGGAAGGGCUCCUGCACCACCGGCUCCCGGGGGCUACAGUCAAGGAGCCCCUGCAGAUGGGUGGACCCCAGGAGCAGUGCCCUAAGGAGGAGGCUUGGGCAAAUGUUUUAAGGUUUCAAGGUGCUAUCAGUGGGGCAGGGGGCAGGGCUGCCCCUCACCAGCUGCCCUGGCCAUGUCUCCCAUGCUAGAGGAGACGUGUGUGUCUGUGUCCGUCUCUGCUCCCGGAAGGCAGUGCCAGCCUCUUCCUCCCCGAGGCCCCGCCACAGCCUGCCCCUGGCUGGUGUCCAGCAUCCUUUCCUCUCCUGGGCCUCUGCACUGGCAGUGGGGUGCCUGCAUGUUCAGGCCCUGGGGCCCAGGGCAGGGUCCUGGGGGAGCCCCAGCCUGUGCCCAGUGCUUGCCCCCAUGAGGCCAGCACAGCAUUAAUAGGACACCCUUUUUUGUUGUCAUUUAACAUCUUGAUUCCUACCUUUAAAAUGGUGAGGAAGGUUCCAUAAGCUACAUGUUUCCUAGGUAAGCUCUUUCCUGUUGUGUUUAUACAGUUUUGUUUGUUAUACUCUUUGCACCUUAAACCCCCGUGACUGCCCCCCAAUACCACCACCUCCCCAGCAUGGCUGGAGUGGGAAGAGGCCUGAGCCCGAGGGGGACAAUGGGGGGACUGGGCCCCAUCAGCCCAAGGGCUGAGGGGUUCAGAACUCCUCUGACCCCCUUGUAGGCCCAUGGCACUGGGGCAGGGGGCUGGGCACAUUUUAAUCAUCAAUAAACGAAGCACUUUAUUCUGUACAGAUGUGGGCAGGCCCAAGGAGCCCAAGUGAUUUGAGGGUCUAUAACCCAAGCCACACUGCCUGAUCUCUCUCUGGGCAUAGGGGGCAGUUCCCCGGCCCAGUUGAGUUUGGGGCUGCAGUAGGACCCAGAGCUCACAGAGGCACCCUCAGGUGCCCUUGCUGUCUGUCCUCUGGGGAGAGAAGGUGGGCCCCUCCCUGAGAGGAAGGCUUUCUGUGGCUCCCCACCCCAAGGCUGGUCCUCCCAGGCCCCUGCUUUGCUAGAGCUCUUUUCCUCUCCCGCAUUCCUUAUUUCUGGGCUUCCAUGAUGUCCUCAGGGUCCCCCGCUCCCCCCUGCUAUUUCUAACCUCUGGUCCCAGUGCCUGGCAGCUCUUCAUAGCUGGCUCAUAUUUUCCCCCAAAAAGUUGAUCUCCCCCAAUGGUCUCUAGGUCGUGACUCCAAUGGGUUCCUCAAACCCCUGCUAUUGACACCAGGGUCUCCGAUAGGGGCUGGUGGCCUUGUCACCUGCUAGCCCCACUGAAGCCUUAGUAAGCCUGGGGGCCCUGGCCAGGCUGGGCCCCUGGUCUAUCAGGCCAGACAAGCAGAGGCUGGAGAGGAGUGUGAGGGAGCUGAUCAGAAAGCCCUGUCCUGGGACUUGGGUUUCCUGUUCUUUGGCACCUCCCCUCUGAGAGCAGGAGAGGGGUCCUGACAGUAGGCUGGGCUCUGGUCAAGACGGUCUGGUAGCUGUAGUUGGGCACAGCCAAGCGCUUUCCUGGGAGGCCCCAUCCCAGUGGGGACAGGAGCCCUGUGUCCCUGGUGCUAAACGCUCUCUUCCCCUUGGGCCACUGUGGGUGGGAGCUCCUUUCCAGCCAGACCAUGAGGGUCUGAAGCAAUAAUGGAACCUCAGCAGUGCCAGUAUAGAUGGGGUUCUUGUUUUACCAGCUUUUCCAUUUCCUUUUUAUUUUAAAGACAAAUUAACAAGCACCUGGAUAUUGGAGUGAGGGGACUGGGGCAUCACACCCAUUUCCCAGGGCUGGCGGUAGUGGCGGGGCGGGGGCUUAGGAUCAUCAACUCCUGCUGGAGUUCAGCUAUAGGGGGGUCCCUCUGUCUCGCUGGCCAGACCUCAGGUCCGGAACCUGGGCCAGCUCUCCUUGGGCUCCCUGGUCUAGGGCCAGCUGCGGGGAAGGGGCCAGAGAUGAGGUGGGCCUCAAGCCCCGUGACCACAGUUCUGGAAGUCAGGGCUGGGCUCAGAGCCUGAGGCUCCGACACGAGCAUGCUGCCACAGUGCCCCGCACAGUGAUGGCAGAACGGCCGUGCCCAGGCCUGUGGACCCCUGAUGUCUGGUCCUACGUGCCCACCCCACAGCUGCAGAGUGUGUGGGGGACAGCAGGCGGCGGAGCGAGAGGAGUGAGGGGAAUAAAGUCAGUACAACUGCU